GAUUCCCAGCACAGACCCUCCUCUGUCUGUGCAGUAAAGCCCCAAAACAGACUGACCUAAUGGCAGCUCACUGAAAACCCAAGUCUGUGGCGUUUCUGUAAGGAUGGCUGUGGAUUCAUUAUCUCCUGACUGGGAGUUUGACCGCUUUGACGAUGGAUCACAAAAAAUCCACACAGAAGUGCAGGUUAAAAACUAUGAGCGGUUUUUAGAAGAAUACAUCGCUCAGCUGCAGGGUAUUGAAGAAGCAUUAGAUGACUCUAUUGGAGAUGUGUGGGACUUCACUCUGGACCCCAUCACUUUAAAGCUUUUACCUUAUGAACAGUCCUCAUUGUUGGAGCUCAUUAAGACAGACAAUAAGGUGCUUAAUAAAGUCAUCACAGUGUAUGCAGCGCUUUGUUGUGAGGUGAAAAAGCUGAAACAUGAGGCUGAAACCAAGUUCUACAACGGCUUGUUGUAUUAUGGGGAAGGAGUGUCAGACACCAGCGUGGUGGAGGGAGAGUCUCAGAUUCAGAUGGGCCGCUUCGUUUCCUUUUUACAGGAGCUGUCUUGCUUUGUGUCACGCUGUUUUGAGGUGGUGGUCAACAUGGUUCAUCAGUUAGCUGCUUUAUACAACAGUAGCAAGGGUGCAACAAAAAUCAUCGAGUCCACAGGUGUUCACUUUCAGACAGUUUAUGAACAUCUGGGAGAGCUUCUUGUGGUCCUCAUAACCCUGGAUGAGAUCAUGGAGAACCACGCCACUCUAAAAGAGCACUGGAAAAUGUACAAAAGGUUGCUGAAAUCUGUCCAUCAUAACCCAGCGAAGUUUGCCAUUCCAGAGGAGAAGCUAAAACCCUUUGAGAAGCUAAUUUUUAAGCUGGAGGGGCAGCUGUUGGACAGCAUGAUCUUUCAGGCUUGUGUGGAACAGAGGUUUGAUAACCCAGGAGAAAAUGUAUCCGUCUCUAAGAACAGUGCCUUUGCAGAGGAGUUUGCGUACAAUAUCAGAACCAUUUUUGCCAACGUUGAGUCAAAGCUUGGUGAGCCAUCAGAGAUUGACCAGCGGGAUAAAUAUACGGGUGUUUGUGGCCUAUUUGUGCUCCACUUCCAUAUCUUCAGAGCUGUGGACAAGAAGAUCUACAAGUCCCUGCUGGACGUGUGUAAAAAAGUUCCUGCUGUGACAUUAGCAGCUAAUAUAAUCUGGUUUCCGGACACGUUUCUGAUUAAUAAAGUUCCAGCGGCAGCUAAACUGAUGGACAAGAAGAGUCUCCAGAGCAUUCGCAGCAGUAGAGAUGUGUUUCUGCAGCAAAAAGCUCAGACACUAAUGAAGGACAUGCAGUCCUACUACAUAUUUGUAACCUCCUGGAUGAUGAAGAUGGAGUCGAUAUUAUCAAAAGAACCAAAACCAGACAAGCUGUCCGAGGAUUUGAGCAACAGGUGUAAUAUUUUUGUGCAGGGAAUACUGUAUGCUUACAGCAUCAGCACUAUCAUCAAGACCACUAUGAACAUGUACAUGUCCAUGCAGAGACCCAUGACCAAGACCUCGGUGAAGGCCCUGUGCCGAUUGGUCGAACUGUUAAAAGCUGUAGAGCAUACGUUCCACCGCCGCUCACUGGUCGUAGCAGAUUCAGUGUCCCACAUCACACAACAGCUGCAGUCUCAAGCUCUGGUCUCUAUCUCAAUGGCUAAGAAACGAGUGAUCUCUGAUAAAAAGUACAGCGAGCAGAGGCUGGAUGUGCUUUCGGCUUUGGUUCUGGCCGAAAACACUCUGAACGGGCCGAGCACCAAAGAGAGGAGGUUGAUCAUGUCGCUGGCUCUCAGUGUUGGCACUCAGAUGAAAACCUUCAAGGAUGAAGAACUCUUGCCUUUACAGCUUGUGCUGAAAAAACUAGACUUAAUCAGUGAACUAAGAGAACGAGUCAAAGUGCAAUGCGACUGCAGUUUUCUGUACUGGCAUCGUACUGUCUUCCCCAUCUACCUGGAUGACGUGUAUGAAAAUGCUGUGGACGCUGCCAGAAUUCAUUACAUGUUCAGUGCGCUCAGAGACUGUGUGCCCACAAUGCUACAUGCCAAACACAUGGAGUCAUGUGAUCAACUGCUGGAGUGUUAUGACACUGAGAUCAUGGAAAUCCUGAAUGAGCACCUGCUAGAUAAGCUGUGUAAAGAGAUUGAGAAGGAUCUGCGAUUAUCUGUGCACACACACCUCAAACUGGACGACCGAAACCCUUUCAAAGUGGGCAUGAAGGAUCUGGCUCACUUUUUCUCUCUCAAGCCCAUUCGCUUCUUCAACCGUUUCAUCGACAUCAAAGCCUAUGUGACUCACUAUCUAGACAAGACAUUUUACAACUUGACGACCGUGGCUCUUCAUGACUGGGCCACGUACAGUGAGAUGAGGAACCUGGCAACCCAGCGCUACGGUUUAGUCAUGACCGAGGCUCAUCUUCCCAGCCAAACUCUGGAACAGGGGCUGGACGUCCUGGAGAUUAUGAGGAACAUUCACGUCUUUGUGUCUCGCUACCUUUACAACCUAAACAACCAGAUCUUCAUUGAGAGGACCAGCAACAACAAGCACUUAAACACCAUAAACAUCCGCCAUAUCGCCAACUCCAUUCGGACUCAUGGAACUGGCAUCAUGAACACAACGGUGAACUUCACGUAUCAGUUCCUCCGCAAGAAGUUCUACAUUUUCAGUCAGUUCAUGUACGACGAGCACAUCAAAUCCAGACUCAUCAAAGACAUCCGAUUCUUCAGGGAAACCAAGGAUCAAACCGACCAAAAGUACCCAUUUGAGCGAGCAGAAAAGUUCAACCGCGGUAUCAGGAAGUUGGGUCUUACUCCAGAUGGUCAGAGCUACCUGGACCAGUUCAGACAGCUCAUCAGUCAGAUCGGCAAUGCGAUGGGUUACGUGCGCAUGAUUCGCUCAGGAGGCCUGCACUGCUGCAGCAGCGCUAUUAGGUUUGUUCCUGAUCUUGAGGACAUUGUGAACUUUGAGGAGCUGGUGAAAGAGGAAGGCCUUUCUGAAGAGACCCAAAAAGCCAGCAGCCAACUAGACUGUGUGCUAAGCGACCUGACCAGCAACUCUGCGGAAGGAACCGAGUACUUCAAGAUGCUGGUGGGGGUUUUUGCUCCAGAGUUUCGCAGCAUCAAGAACAUGCACUUGAGGAACUUCUACAUGAUUGUUCCUCCUUUGACGGUAAACUUCGUGGAACACUCCAUCAGCUGCAAAGAAAAGCUGAACAAGAAGAAUAAAGUGGGAGCUGCGUUUACAGACGAUGGUUUCGCCAUGGGAGUUGCUUACAUCUUGAAGCUUCUGGACCAGUAUCAGGAGUUUGACUCCCUCCACUGGUUCCAGGCUGUGAGGGAAAAGUAUGUGAAGGAAAUGAAUGCAGUGGUGAAGGAGCAGAACGUUCAGUCCACCAGCCAAGAUGAGAAGCUCAUGCAGACAAUGAACCUGACUCAGAAGAGACUGGACGUAUAUCUGCAGGAGUUUGAGUUGCUGUAUUUCUCACUGAGCAGUGCUCGGAUUUUCUUCAGAGCUGAUAAAACAGCAGCAGAGGAGACCCAGGAAAAGAAGGACAAAGAGGAAGGUGCCAAAACUGGUCCCGUUUCCAUGACAGCUGAGGGCUCUCCUGUGGAACCUAGUGCCAAGUAAAAGCACCAAGCAGCGUGAAUGGUAUAAAUCACUUUAAGGACAAGGACUGGUUCCAGAGGAGGUUACAGACUUUGACCCUUCAGCCACUACACUUCUUAUGGAGUCUGUACAGCAUCAUUUUUGGCUCGCCUACUCGCAUUCAACUGGAACUGACUGUGGAUUGGACCAAUGCAUCAUUUUUAGACAUUGAUUGUUUUAUGUAUCUUCAAAGACCUUCAUCAGCAGUUGUUUUUCAUAAUGAUUUGUGGUCACGUAAAAAAAUAGAUGGUGUCUGUAGUGUUUUUUUUUUGUUUUUUUUAGGGUAACAUCUUAAAUAUAAGGCACAGAUAUUUUUAUAUGACAAAUCACUCUUUUGAAUAGAUGUUAUAGACAAAGAAACGUCAAAUUCAGCUAGAUAAAUUUAAAUUUCACCCUAAUGUUUUGUUUUCAAACUGAUAUGAUGAUAAUUCAGUGAAAAUUAUUAGAGAGCGAAAAAAAAUCUUGUCCAUACAAUGAAAGUUAUUGAAGAUCA